UGCGAGAGCCUCAUGCAGUACGCCUGGGGAAGAGCAGCUGUCGCCAUGCUUUUCUGCGGCUUCAUCAUCCUGAUCAUCUGCUUCAUCCUCUCCUUCUUUGCCCUCUGCGGACCCCAGAUGCUCGUCUUCCUGAGAGUGAUCGGAGGCCUCCUGGCCUUGGCGGCUGUGUUCCAGAUCAUCUCCCUGGUCAUUUACCCCGUGAAGUACACCCAGACCUUCAACCUUCACAGCAGCCCUGCGGUCCUUUACAUCUAUAACUGGGCCUAUGGUUUCGGGUGGGCGGCCACGAUUAUCAUGAUCGGCUGUGCCUUCUUCUUCUGCUGUCUGCCCAACUACGAAGACGAUCUGCUGGGCAAUGCCAAGCCCCGGUACUUCUACAACUCUGCCUAAGGCGGGAGGAGAGAGGCGCGCUGAGAUGGAGCCGGAGCAGGGGAACCUUCUCGGGCCACCCGGCAUCUAUUUCGGUAGCGUUUGUGAGCUCCAGGCCGCUUGGCACCUCUUCUGGCAGUGUUCAUGGAGUUAACAUAGUUGGAAAUGCUAAAAUAGUUUGGGAGAAAAUAUUUUUAAAAUUGUGUUAUAGUUUCCUAUUCCUCUAUGUUUUGUGAAAUUAACAAAAAGAUGUUUCUUUUUGCUAGUCACUUACAAUAUGCCAAUAUUUCCUACGUCUGUCUGUAGCCUGUAUACUGCAUUUAUAAAAGGAAAUGAGCUUGAAUAGUAGAAAUGUGAAGGCUUCCAGGGUGUAUUAAUGUGAUCCAGUAAGAAUUCUCCCCAGACAGAAUGGACUGUUUCUAUUAAGAGCUAAGAAGAAGAGGGAGAUAUUGGUAAAAAUUGUCAGUAGCUAAACAUUCUAAAAUAAAUAUAAAACAAAAACUGUAUUCUCAAGUUUUCAGCUGUUCAAAGAAGCAAAACAGUUUCCUAUUUUUGAGAAUUUAUAAUUAAUAUUGUAAUAAUUGCUGCUUUGGUAAACUCCAUAUUGACUGGAUAUUCCAUGGAGGGAAGUAUUUCUCCAUGCCCAGAACAGAUUGCAGUAGUCUUUAAAAGUCCUUACAGGGUCAGGGUGUGGGGAAACACUGUAUCCAUAAAUCUGUGCUGCUUUGUGUCUAUAUGGCCAGGAUUCGGUAGACUGGACUGAAAGAUGGGAAA